AUGGAGGUGAAGAAAUGUGAAAGAGGAGAGGAAGAGAUCCUGGGCAUGUUAGCAGCGAGUAUCACUCCGAGAGGAGAAGUGGAAGAGAUGCUGAUUGCGAUCUCCCCACGAAAAGACUGUCGACUCAAAAUAUCGAUGCCUCCUCCAACGGUGGAAACAGAUGAGGAGUUGCUGGUGGCCAGUUUCGAUGGAUCGGCUAGGAUAAAAAAGAAAGGAGGGUCGUUCAGUGCCGUGAUAUGGAAGUUACCCGAAUGGACGAUCGUGGCGGCCGAAUCGAGAUAUGUUCACGAUCUGACUGUGAAUGAAGCUGAGUAUAAUGGCUUGCUACUGUGCUUUGAGUUACUCGCCGAUCUGGAUAGGGGGCGAGUAAUACUGUGUGGAGAUUCCAGUCUGGUGAUUCGACAGAUGCGCGGUGAGAUCGACUGCAAGGCACCGGGCCUUCAGCUUCUGAGACACAAAACGUUGGAGAAGCUGCGGUCAUGGCCUAGUCACGAGUUUCUGCAUAUGAAGCGAGAGUGGAAUCAGAGCGCAGAUCGACUAGCCAGCACAGCAUUGCAGAGCGAAAAGGGAAGAACGGUUGUAGCUGAAGAGGAUCGGCAAGAUCUGAUGACUCUGAACCGUCUCGAUGAAUUGUUGAAGCCCAAGCAAGAUGGUCAGCUGGCUCGGGUAACUGCGAUCACGAGAUCAGCCAGGAGGAUACGUCAUGAACCUGAAGUGAUACAGGAGGAGAUAGUACAGAGGAUCAGGAUUCAACGAAUUGUCCAAGCUCAAGAUGAAGAGCGUUGGAUUGUCAAUCUCAAGAAGUAUCUACGUGGCGACGUAUCAAACUUGGAUGCGGUAGAAGUGAAGAUGUGCGCCAAACUGGCGCCGGAAUACGAGAUCGAUGAGAACAAUCUGCUAUUUGUUUGCCCCAUGGCGAAAAGAGAGUCAGAAGAUCGCGAUGGUUUGAUGCGGUUGGUGAUCCCUGAGACGUUGCAGCAGGAAUUUUUGCAUCACUAUCACAAGAGUCUGGAAGGAGGCCAUCAGGGUAUUGGCCGAACCUAUCAGAGGAUCAGAUCGCGAUUUCAUUGGAGAGGACUGUAUCGGAGCGUUCAACGAUAUGUGGGCGAAUGUACCGACUGUGAGACCGGGAAAGGAAACCCGAUGAUUCAUGGGAAAUCCCCGGGCAAUCUACACGCAACCUAUACAUUCCAGAUCAUCGCCAUGGAUCAUAUACCGUCGUUGCCCAAGUCCAUCAAGGGGAACACCGAACUGCUCAUUUGGGUCGACCUUUUCUCGGGAUAUGUGAUUGCAAAGGCUAGCUCCUCUCGGACGGCACAAACAAUAGCGGAGAAUUACGAAGAAUGUGUGUUUCGACGCUUCGGAGCUAGCGAGGCUAUCAGGCACGAUCGAUAA